UAAAAAUCCAGGUGGAGGAAACAGAAGAUGAUAAUGAGGAAAUCUCAAGCGAAGAGGAGGAGGAAGAUAAACUACCUCGAAGGGAGAGCUUGAGACCAAAGAGAAAACGGACCAGAGAUGUGAUCAAUGAGGAUGACCCAGAACCUGAACCAGAGGAUGAAGAAACAAGGAAGGCAAGAGAAAAAGAGAGGAGGAGGCGGCUGAAGAGAGGCGCGUAAGAAGAAGAAGAAAUUGAUGAAGAGGAAUUGGAAAGAUUGAAGGCAGAGUUAGAUGAGAACAGACAAAUGAUUGCUACUGUCAAAUGCAAACCUUGGAAGAUGGAGAAGAAAAUGGAAGUUCUCAAAGAAGCAAAAAAAUUUGUGAAUGAAAAUGAAGGUGCACUUGGGAAAGGAAAAGGAAAACGGUGGUUUGCAUUUAAGAUGAUGAUGGCCAAGAAAUGGGUAAAAUUCCUCCGUGAUUUCGAGAACUUCAAAGCUGCUUGUGUCCCAUGGGAAAAUAAAAUCAAGGCGAUAGAAAGUCAGUUUGGCUCAUCAGUGGCCUCAUACUUCCUCUUCUUGAGAUGGAUGUAUGGGGUAAAUAUGGUUCUCUUUAUCCUGACAUUCAGCCUCAUCAUGUUGCCAGAGUACCUCUGGGGUUUGCCAUAUGGCAGCUUACCUAGGAAAACAGUUCCCAGAGCUGAAGAGGCAUCGGCAGCGAACUUUGGUGUGUUGUACGACUUCAAUGGCUUGGCACAAUAUUCUGUCCUCUUUUAUGGAUAUUACGACAAUAAACGAACGAUUGGAUGGAUGAAUUUCAGGUUACCGCUGUCCUAUUUUCUCGUGGGGAUUAUGUGCAUUGGAUACAGCUUUCUGGUUGUCCUCAAAGCGAUGACAAAAAAUAUUGGUGAUGAUGGAGGUGGUGAUGACAACACUUUCAACUUCAGCUGGAAGAUGUUCACCAGCUGGGACUACCUGAUUGGCAAUCCUGAAACAGCAGACAACAAAUUUAAUUCUAUCACAAUGAACUUUAAGGAAGCUAUAAUAGAAGAAAGAGCUGCCCAAGUGGAAGAAAAUGUCCAUUUGAUCCGAUUCUUGAGGUUUCUUGCUAACUUCUUCGUGUUUCUAACUCUUGGCGGGAGCGGAUACCUCAUCUUUUGGGCUGUGAAGCGAUCCCAGGAAUUUGCCCAGCAAGAUCCUGACACCCUUGGGUGGUGGGAAAAAAAUGAAAUGAACAUGGUUAUGUCCCUUCUGGGGAUGUUCUGUCCAACACUGUUUGACUUAUUUGCUGAAUUGGAAGACUACCAUCCUCUCAUCGCUCUGAAAUGGCUGCUGGGACGCAUUUUUGCUCUUCUUUUGGGCAACUUGUAUGUAUUUAUUCUUGCCUUGAUGGAUGAGAUUAACAACAAGAUCGAAGAGGAGAAGCUAGUAAAGGCCAACAUUACUCUGUGGGAAGCCAACAUGAUCAAGGCCUACAAUGCAUCCCUCUCUGGAAAUAGCACUGGGCCCCCCUUUUUUGUUCACCCUGCAGAUGUACCUCGGGGACCCUGCUGGGAAACAAUGGUGGGACAGGAAUUCGUGCGGCUGACUGUUUCUGAUGUUCUGACCACCUAUGUCACAAUCCUCAUCGGGGACUUUCUCAGGGCAUGUUUUGUGAGGUUUUGCAAUUACUGCUGGUGCUGGGAUUUAGAGUAUGGAUAUCCUUCAUACACUGAAUUUGACAUCAGUGGCAAUGUCCUCGCUCUGAUCUUCAACCAAGGCAUGAUCUGGAUGGGCUCCUUCUUUGCUCCCAGCCUCCCCGGCAUCAAUAUCCUUCGACUCCACACCUCCAUGUACUUUCAGUGCUGGGCCGUGAUGUGUUGCAACGUUCCCGAGGCCAGAGUCUUCAAAGCUUCCAGAUCAAAUAAUUUCUACCUGGGCAUGCUUUUGCUCAUCCUCUUCCUGUCCACCAUGCCGGUCUUGUACAUGAUCGUAUCCCUCCCACCAUCUUUUGAUUGUGGCCCCUUCAGUGGCAAAAAUCGGAUGUUUGAAGUCAUUGGAGAGACACUAGAGCAUGAUUUCCCAAGCUGGAUGGCGAAGAUCUUGAGACAGCUUUCCAACCCCGGGCUGGUCAUUGCUGUCGUUUUGGUGAUGGCUUUGACCAUCUAUUAUCUCAAUGCUACUGCCAAGGGCCAGAAGUCAGCAAAUCUGGAUCUCAAAAAGAAGAUGAAACAGCAAGCCUUGGAGAACAAAAUGCGAAACAAGAAAAUGGCAGCUGCGCGAGCAGCUGCAGCUGCUGGUGGCAAGUAG